GGGAGGGGUGCCCAUUCCAGGCCAGACCUGGAGGAGUCGCAACUUGCGCCCCCUUUUUGACGGUGCUCCAGGGCUCUGUUUUUGCUGCAACGGCCUAUCACAGACGCUCGCCUGGGAGCCGCUCCUCCCAAACGGGGAGUCCCAACCCUGGGUGCCCUGGCGGGGUUGGACAGGACUCCACAAAUGGGGGGUCAGUUUACUAGCCAGCCCUGUUGGGGGGUUUCGGGUUGAGCCAGGUGCCCUUGAACAUGCCCGGCUGCCUCUUUGGCUGAGUCUCGGGGGGCCUCCCGUGCUGUCCUUGCCCUUCAGGUGUCUGCCACGGAAGCCUUGACCUUGCUUUGUUCCCAGAGCCACCUCUGGUCUCGUGCCUGCAAAAUGCAGUGUUGCUUACACAAAGCCCAAUGUCCUUUUGCGAGCGGGCUCUGUUUCUGUUCCUGCAUAUCUUGCUGCCCGCCAGCCAGCCAGUACGGAGGGGCAAGACUUGGGUGGCGCCAGGAGGCAGCUGAACUCUGAUUAGCUGCAGGUAAGUGGAACCUCCAUGGCCAGGAGAAGUCUACCUCAAAGGAGCGGCCCCUAGGGGCAAGCAACAGGGGCAGGAUGCUAGGGCAGAGGAGGGCCUGCUCAGAGAGGGCCCUUUUGAUCCCCACGGUUUAGCUGCAGGGCCCAUUUUUCAUCACGUGGCUCAGGUCUGGCAUGCAGGGCUGAGGAUCCAAGAGGCUGAGUUAUGUGGCAGCCUUGGGCUUUCUCACGCCCCGUGAGGAUCACUGCAUGGUGUGGCUCGGCCCCAGGUUUUACAGUUGAAUAAUUCUUCCUGCUUCUUAUGCGCCACACGGGGCAAGUUGUAAAAAGUUACUCAUUAACGGCGCCGAUAUUUGCCCAGAAUUUUGAGGCUUCCUGCAGGUGCCGCUGGCUUGAUGGGUGUUGGCCGCCCUGCUCUGCUGAGAAGUGGGAAGGGGUGAUGGAAGAGAGCCAGCCCUCUUGCUUUGUCUCCAGGGUGGGGUGGGGGGUUGGAGGCAAGGAGCAAAGCCAGCCCCACCCCCUGCCGAGGAGGUGGAGGCACACCCUGCUUCUGCACCCUCGAGCAGCCCGGCAGAAGUGCUCUCUCCUCCGAGAAGAGAACACAGCCAAGCCCCACUUGCUGCGGUGGCUGCUAAGGCGGGUGUGGCUGUGGGCUGCUGCCUUGUAAAAUGCCCACCCCUCCAGGGGCGAGGGCUUGCGUGCAGAUGCUGGCAUGCUGAGAGAGGCUCCGGAGAAGGCAGCCGGCCAGGCUGGGAAGCAGGUCCGCUGCUGCUUGGCCCAAGAGAGGGAGUGAUUCCCCCGGGGGCAUCUCUUGCUGAAUGCAACAGGUAUGUGACAGUUCUGCCUGCGGAAAGGAGAGAGGGCAUGAAGGGCGGGGCCUCCGUCUGAGGAGCACAGCUGGUAUAGCAUAGCCUGAGUGGGGGGUCUCCAGGCCCAACGUCACUUCCGCCUCCAUCUCCCUUCUGUGACAUGGCAAUACCCUUUGGAGGAGGCAGGAGAUAAGAAUUUUUAAAUAAACAAAUACCCAGCCAGCAACCAGCCAGAUGGUGCCUCCAGCAGAGUGCCUCUUUGUGCAGAGUCUGGAUGCCACAAUUGUGAUGCACAACCUGCACACAAGGUUUAUCCCUGAAGGUGAUGGAUUUGCAGGUAGAGAUCUGUCAAAGAUGCUGCUUUUGUCUUGUUGACUGGCGUGUGUCAGCUGCCCUGAAUCUUCGGAGAAGGGCAGGGUAGGACUCUCUGGCAACAAACCUGUAUUUCUUCAUGCCAUCUCUAAGCAAAUGAAGCCAAACUGGUUCCCUCUAAUGUCACAGACGUGUUUAAAUGCCAAGUAUACAGUAGCUGGAAUGCCUGGCCUGUGGGGCGCCUGUCCCCACUUCAUGCAGCCCUGCAUAUUGGCCAGGUCUCGGACUGUCGGACUGGGAUGUGCAACUCGGCUGCCAGAGCUCCAGGGACCCAGAUCUUCGGAAGGACGUUGUUGGCCACCGUAGAGGGGAGAGAGAGGCACUACCAAGCUGCCUGCGGGCCGUGGCUACUGCAAACAGAAAACAAACGGGGAGAUUGUUUCCGAGAGCCAGGAAUGGAAACUUGCAGUUGAGAGAAGCUAAAAACCACCUCGGGGCCUCAGCAGCUAGAGCUGAGGGGAGGCGUUUCAAGGGGUGAGGAAGGACAAGUCUGAACGGAGGCAGAGAUGGUGGCUUAGUUCACACCUCACCUGCUGCCUCUCUUGGGCAGCCACAUUCCAGGAGAGAAGCUCUUCCCUGCCCGGCUCCUGACCAUGCACACCCUGCUAAGUCUGAAGCUCCCCCGACUGCUCAACAUAAAUCAAGUUCCCAAAGUUUUCCGAGAGCGGGGCAUUCUUUUUGGGUACCGCCACCCAAGGAGUUCUGCGACGGACUGCAUCUUCAGUGUCUUCCAAAUGACAAAUGAGACUGUGAAUAUAUGGACGCAUUUUCUGCCUGCCUGGUACUUCCUAUGGAAGCUUUUGGCCUGGUUCUGCACCCAGGAUGUCUGGGACGACCGCUACACCUGGCCCUUUCUGGCCUACAUGGUGACGUGCUGCAUUUAUCCGCUGACGUCCAGUGCCGCUCACACCUUCAGCACAAUGUCCAGCCGUGCCAGGCACAUAUGUUAUUUCCUUGAUUACGGCGCGCUCACCUUGUACAGCCUAGGCUCUGCGGUUGCUUACUCUGCCUACGUUUUCCCCGAGGAGUGGCUUGGCAACACCUUCCACCAUUACUACGUCACCAUUGCUGUGCUGAACACUAUUAUUGGCACCACCCUCGCCUGCUAUUCCAGGUUCAAUGAAAUGGAGCAGCCCAGGUUCAGCAAAGCUAUCCGCACAAUAGCCUUUGCAUAUCCUUAUGCAUACGACAGUGUGCCUCUCUACUACAGGCUCUACUUGUGUGCAGUGAGGGGCUGCAUAGAGAAUGCCCUCCCAAUUCACUACAGGCACACUGUCUUUGCCUGGCUGACCUGCUUCCUGUUUGCUACACAUCUGCCAGAGCGGCUGGCACCAGGACGCUUCGACUACUUUGGGCACAGCCACCAGCUCUUUCACAUCUGUGGGAUCAUGGGGACACUCUUCCAAAUGGAAGCCCUUCUUGUGGACAUGACAGACCGGCGUGAGCAGCUCCUGGAAGCUUUGCCAGCUCCUUCCUUCUCUCAAACAAUUGGUGCAUUAGCAGCAUCUGCCACUGUCAGUCUUAUCAUCAUUGCUGCUUUCUCAACAACUCUCUAUUCCAUGCCAAAAUUCUCCAGGAAAGGAAACAAACAUAGGGACUAAUUUAUUUUUUAAGAUGAUAUUAAUAUAAAAGGUGCAAUGUGUGCUACUAAUCUUUGCUGCUGAGUUGAUGAGCACUCUUUGAUGAGCGACUUAAUUGGGAUUUCUAUUAUGAAUGAGAUCUUGUAUCGCAGUAUUUCUAUCUCUUGAGCUUGAAGAUGUAUCUGCAGCUUUUAUAUAUCGUUUAAGUAUUCAGAAUACUUGCAAUAACUGGAAGUUCAAGAACUCGGAGUACCGUAAUUUCAAGCACUGAAGUUUGCAACAGCAAUAGUACCAGCAGUCUCUUAUCCAGAUGUCUGAGUUUUUGUGGACAAAAGUAGAAAAGUUGCUCUCCUUCCUGCCAAAGAGGUUGUCAUGACCUUUAAAGCACAUUCACUCCUUUUUAGAUGAUCAGGAAGAUUGCCUUGCAUAUCUGGACCUCAUGUCUGCCACGCAAUCAUAAUGCAUAUACCUCUAAUCCAGCAGCUUGCAAUGAAAUGCUAUCUGGUUUCUUGAAAAUUGUUUGUAUACAUUUAUAUUUUUGUAAAUAGCCUCUACUGAGGUAUCAAGACAAGCAUUUGCAACCCAAGGGAACACAUUUUAUUUUAGGUAUAUUAAACAAAACUGGUUUUCCAUGUUAAUGUUUUAUGCUGUAAAAAUAUCUCAAGGCCAAAUAGUCAAAAAAACUGUUCUGC